GCAACAAUUGCAACUGCAGCUGCAUCUGUUACAACAUCUUUUGCAGCAACAGUUAUAACAGCACUUGCAAUAACAGUUGCAGUUGUGCAGUUGUGGCAAUGGCAGGGCCAUCUUUACCUGCGAGCGGGUUGUCGGGGGGUGUAAUGGGAAGCGGGACAGAGGACUUUUGCGCGGACCCGAAACUCGCAUGGAAGCCGGGAGACCACUGCGUGUGGAAUUGGUUGGCGCGCGGGAGGUCAAGGGGGGCGAAAAGUCAUGGCGGAAGGGAGAUGCAGUGCCUCUUGUGUGGAGUUGUGUUCCCUGGCAACCGCGCACGCGGGAUUGAACACUUCACGAAGAAGAGGCAGGGAUUACUGUGCCCGAAUGUAACCGUGACGAUCUACAGGAGGCUGCGUGCUGCGAAUGUAGAGUUGCCACCCGACGUCGCAGAGAUGUUGCAGCGGGAGGAUGAGGCUGCAACACAAACAGUUCAAGAUCUCCCUCUUCCUGCCAUUUGUGGCGGUGAUGACGUAGGAGGUGGAGCAGAUGUGGAACAGGGUGGAGAGGCAGCGACAAUCGUGGACGCAACUGCAACGGAGGUCACAAGCAGACCGACACCUGCGAGGACACUAAGGCAGACGCUCAUGGGUCGAUAUGUCCGCAAUCCGCGCCAGCGAGAGAUAGAUUUGGCUACCAUGGACCUCUUCGCACAAAAUGCCAUACCGUUCAAUGUGGCGAAGAGCAACAGUUGGAAGAAGUUUUACGAAGCCUGCUUCGGGCCUAAGUCUGCAACUCGUUGUUCGUUGAAGCACGUCCCAUAUGACGCAUUGCGGGAAGAACUCAUGGACUCUAGGAAGGAGACGUACUUGGAGCGAGAGGCUAAACUACGGGUUGACUGGGAGGAGAAGGGAUGUACACUCAUCACAGAUGGCACCACAGACAUAUGUGGUCGCUCUAUGUUGAACUACAUCCUCGAGGGGAGAGACAGACCAGUUUUCAUCAAGUGUGAUCAUGUGAAAAGAAAAGACAAGAACUCUGCCGCAAUGCUUGAGCCGUGGAAAAGCUUCCUGAGGGAGAGCAUCACAAGCGGUUAUCGGGUAGCUGAAAAUUCAGGAAUGAAAAUUCUGAAGAAUGAUAAGACUGUCCUUAAGAGGCCAAAUGCAAUAAGAUUUGGGACCAACUUUAUCAUGCUUAAGCGCUUGAAGAAAAAAGAGAAGCAAGUGAAAAACACGGUGAACAACAUGGAGUGGGAGGAGAUGCAGUGGCCGUACGCCAUUCGGGAUAAGGCGUGUUUUGUCGAGAGGCUGGUGCAGUCCACGCAUUUCUGGAAUGAUAUUCGGAUGGUGUUCGAUUUGAUGGAGGGGGCAUACUCGGUAUUGCGGAUGGUUGAUCGUGAUGUGCACUGCAUCUCACAUGUUUACGACGCAGCAGUGGCGUUGAAGAAUUGUGUGUUUGCAGUUCCGUUGACGGAGGGACAACGUGCUGAAGUGUUGGAGGUCGUAUCAAACAGGACGGACCAGCUCCUUAGUCCUGUGCCCGCAGUUGCCAGACUGCUUGACCCCAUGUUGCGCGACAGAGGAAUGUUCAGCGAUCCGACGUUGAUGACCCAAUUUCGGGGUGUUGUUGAGCAUCUUGUGGGUGGUCGGGGGACACCGCAAUACCAGGAGUGUAUUGACUUCUUGUGUGCAUUCCAAAGGGAGCAAGGAAUCUUCGGAGAUCCAGAGGUGCAGCGUCGUGGGAGCAUGGAUAGUGCAUUGGAUUGGUGGGAGGAUCACGGGAGGGGACACCCAGCUCUGCAGCGAUUGGCACUACAAAUUCCCAGCAUGUGGACAGCCUCCUCCCCGGCUGAGAGGAAUUGGAGCACAUUGGCCCUCGUGCACACCAAGGAUCGCAACAAGCUAGAGCACGAGAGAGUGGAAAAAUUGGUGUACCUCCAUUGGAACCUCCGAUAUAAAGGAAGGGUGCAGGGCACGGCGACGAAUAAAAGUGGCUGGUUGGGCUUGACGAAUAUUGAGACGGAUGCAGGCGAUGUCGAUAAUGAAGCUGCUGUAGCGAAUGAAUGCGCAGAUGGAACAGUAACGAGGUCAGCAAUUGGAUCUACAUUUGUGCCACGACCCACAGGUGGGGGCGGUGUGACAUCUAUAGCACAGAGAGGCAGGGUAGGAGAGUGGGAGGAUGGAGAUUGGAAUGAUGAUGAAUCAUCAUCUGAAUCAUAGGACGAGGAGGAGGAAUUAGAAGACAUGUGGAGGUCUGAGAAAUCUGACUCAGACGACUCG